AUGCCGGAAAUUUGCCACGGCCGACACCUGCCACGGCCGACACCUGCCACGGCCGACACCUGCCACCCCCGACACCUGCCACCCCCGACACCUGCCACCCCCGACACCUGCCACCCCCGACACCUGCCACGGCCGACACCUGCCACGGCCGACACCUGCCACGGCCGACACCUGCCACGGCCGACACCUGCCACGGCCGACACCUGCCACGGCCGACACCUGCCACGGCCGACACCUGCCACGGCCGACACCUGCCACGGCCGACACCUGCCACCCCCGACACCUGCCACCCCCGACACCUGCCACCCCCGACACCUGCCACCCCCGACACCUGCCACCCCCGACACCUGCCACCCCCGACACCUGCCACCCCCGACACCUGCCACCCCCGACACCUGCCACCCCCGACACCUGCCACCCCCGACACCUGCCACCCCCGACACCUGCCACCCCCGACACCUGCCACCCCCGACACCUGCCACCCCCGACACCUGCCACCCCCGACACCUGCCACCCCCGACACCUGCCACCCCCGACACCUGCCACCCCCGACACCUGCCACCCCCGACACCUGCCACCCCCGACACCUGCCACCCCCGACACCUGCCACGGCCGACACCUGCCACCCCCGACACCUGCCACCCCCGACACCUGCCACCCCCGACACUUGCCACCCCCGACACUUGCCACCCCCGACACUUGCCACCCCCGACACUUGCCACCCCCGACACUUGCCACCCCCGACACCUGCCACCCCCGACACCUGCCACCCCCGACACUUGCCACCCCCGACACCUGCCACCCCCGACACCUGCCACCCCCGACACCUGCCACGGCCGACACUUGCCACGGCCGACACCUGCCACCCCCGACACCUGCCACCCCCGACACCUGCCACCCCCGACACUUGCCACCCCCGACACUUGCCAUGAUGAUAACAGGGGACUGGAAGUUCCAAUACUGGUGCCGGCCGCGGUGGCCGAGAGGUUCUAG